CCUUCUUCCCGCCGCGACCGUCGACGCCAACGCGCGCGCCUAACAUCGGCUACCAAUACCAAUGGACGGCCGACACCAGUACGAUUCAGCGGCGCCAACGCUGCGUCACCCAACGUCGACCGAGGACGUCGGGGCGCCGAGUCGCGGUGAUCGGGAAAUUCAGGAUCAAUGAGAAGAACGAUCGAGAAUCAUUGAAGCCGCAGAGCGUCGGCCACAUAUCAUUAGCGAUGACAUCGAACGACAGCUAGCUAGCUAGCCAGUCCGACCAACGGCCGACAACAACACCGCUACUGUUACGCGUCACGUAACAUCAGCCAACAUCGUCCAUCAGGGCAAUACUGCCGAUUCCACCACUACUAUCAUCGUAGUUCGCGUUCUAGCUAUCGGCCAUCAGUGCGGGACAACAUACCAACACCAACGCCGCUCUCUGUCACGGGAUCUUUUCCGGCGGUCCCCACCAUACAUAUCAGUGCUCUCGCAUGCCGUUUCGAAGCUUGUUGGCGGACGGAGGGAGGAGAGAGAGAGAGAAAAGCAACGCCGGAUUGCGCGUUGGUAGUAGUGAUCGCGGUAGUAGUUCAGUAGUACUACUAGUGUUGCUGCCGAUAGUAGUAUUGGUAGUGUGGUGGUGGUGGUAGAGCUUGGACGUUACUGGCGGCAACGACGGUGUAGCUGAUGGUAGUGGAGGUGGUGGUGGAGUGGUGGUGGUGGUGGAGUGCGGGCUAGUCGAGACUCCCUCGCACACGUAAGGGCAUGAAACGGAGCGGCGAGUACACGAGGCGAGUCAGUACGCUAUCGACUGCGAUCGGAGGAGGAUGCGUCGAGUCGACGUCCUCUGUCGAGUGCCUGAACUGAACAUUAGCGAGGUUCCUCCGAACGUCACCGGGUAGAAAUACGUUAUCCGUGAAUGGAGUUUUGGGAUUAUCGAACAACGGAUCGCCGUUACACGUGCCCGAACGGAUUUGUGGAUCUGUCCCGCCAGGGAAACAUAAGUGUAUUUUGUCGUUGAGUGCGUGCGGGUGCGUGAAUCGAAGAGGAGAGUGAGAUCCAUGAGGGGAAGAUGAGCGACCACGUGGUGAAAAGUACGUGCGAGCUUUCAGCCUACGUGACAGAAUAUGUUUGCACCAACGGUGCGAAUCGCCGAUCGUGAUGGAAUCUAUAUGUCUGGCGUUAUUCAACCUAGGACAAUAGAGCCGGACCGAGAUCGCACAAGGCGAUUUUUCAACUCGAAGAAAACAUAUCUGAAGUCACGAACUUUUACCUGUCUACCUACAAACCUAUAUCUAGUUCUCACCACCGGUGUACUACACAGGCCAUUGCGCAUAGUUAAACCACGACGACAUGAAGUGUCGAACAAUGGUCUGGGCAUUUUUGCUAGACACGACCUCCGAAGGUGGUACAGCAACUCACUCGAUCCAAGAAAGACGGAGAGAAAGAACGAAAGGGAGUACGAGACAGAAGGCGGCGACGGCAGUGGCGGCGGCUGCGACUACGACGGCGCCAGCGUGGGUCGCCGCCGGUGUUAUGGCGGAUUCCGAGAGAGACAGCGCGUCCUCCAGCGGCGGCGACGAGGACAGCAGGUCGGGGCUGCACUCGCCCAGCGCGUCGGAGGAUAGCGUGGAGGUGCAGGUGACGCCAAUCUCCCUGCGGAACAAGAGGAAACUGGCGGAACCGCGCAAGAUCCAGGAGCCCAGCACCGCGCCGUUGAAGAAGAGACGGUUCCAUCAGAUCGAGGAGACGGUUGUGGAUGACGAGAGCAGACCGAUGAGCACGCCGAGUCCCUUCAGACCUUGGAUUAUUCCUCGCACGAGCAACGAAACGUCUAAAACAUCCACGACGACGUUGACGAUGACGGUGUCCGAUACGACAACGUCGACCACGACGUCGACGACUCCCUCGACGAAUACGGCGCCCGAGGAGAUCAACGGCCAACUGCUCGCGGAAACGGAUAGGAGGAAUCACGAGGAAAAUGGCCAUGUUAACCACACUACGGAUAAAACGACGAUACGGAGGUUGCAGAAGACUCUGCAGAGAUUAGAAGAAAGCACCACUCACAAUCGAUCAGUCGUGUUAUCUCGACGGGAGUCUCGUCAGAGGCUGGAGUCACCGCCGCAGACACCAAUACCGUCCGCGUCGCCGGUCGCCUUGAAGCAUCCUAGGCUGCAGGAAGAGCCAUUAUCCUUGGUCAUGCGAGACGAAGCGCCCCGAGUGCCAUUGCACCCGGCGGUGAGCGGCAGCUACGAGAAAUCGCCGUCGUACAUGAUGGAACACCUUCUAGCAUCGUCGACGACGACGACAACGACGACGACGACGUCACCGCUCCAGUCCCAUCGCAAUCACCGAGACCACUCGAGUCCUCCGCAAGGAGGAGGACCUCAUCAGCGUCUCCAUGCAGCGCCGACCGCAGGCGUCAUCAGCAGCACUUCUUCCUCGUCGUCGCCAUCGCAUGCCUCCUCCACGAGGCACCUGCACCAAAACAACGGCGGUGGCCAGCAGAGGAAUUACAAGAACAUGACGAGGGAGAGACGGAUAGAGGCGAACGCCCGAGAACGCACCCGGGUGCACACCAUCAGCGCGGCCUUUGACACUCUGAGACGAGCCAUACCCGCGUACUCGCACAACCAGAAGCUGUCGAAGUUGUCGGUACUGAGGAUCGCUUGCAGCUACAUCGUCACGCUCACCAAGAUCUGCGAGAUGUUCGAGGGCGACGCUGCGAGCGGCGCCUCCCUCGCCACCUGCGUGGAUCAAGUCUCCAGGACCAUUCAGACGGAGGGUAAGCUCAGAAAGCGGAAGGACGACUGAAUCGUCUUGGUAUAAGCAUCCGGCUGGAUUACGUUUGUCGGGCGUUUCGGGAAGAAAACAGUCGUGAGCACCGGUGACAGAAGGUGGGCGACGACAACUUGGGACUUGAUUUGCGAACAAACACACAAGGAUAACUCCCUCGAACUAUUAUGGAUUCUACUCUACAUUGUCAAACGCUUAUUCGUCUUCUUUUCUCCAUGUCAUUCUGUCCUAGAAGGCAGGGCGUGGGAAAGAGAAAGAGAGAGGAAGGUGGCGAUUUAAUUAUAAAUUAAUUAAGCUGUUGGCUUAAGUGAUUGACUGUCGCUGCUGCUGAUGAGGUACAUGGAAAAAAGAACUUAACUUCUGCAACGGAAUGGGAACCAGAUGAAAACUCGGCGAUAAGAAAUGAUAUCUCUCUGUUAUCGCAACUGAGAACAUUCGUGUGAGCAUUUAGCUGCAUUAAAACUCGGUUGAGACUGAGACUGAGUACAAACUUCCGACAGAAAUCUUUCUGUUCCUACGACCGAAUUUUCGUCUGAUCCCCAAGCAACGGAAAAUUCCAUUACACCAACGAAAUUGUUUUUUCGGUGUAGAGACGCAAUUGUCUCAAUUGGUUCGUACAGUACUGCGAACAGAAGUGCAAGAACUGAGGAGUUUGAUCGUUUCGCGAUUUCGGGGAUGUUCGAAGGGGCGAGUUACGAACGCGACGAGAUCUGCGCGAGAAGGAAAAGGAGGUGGGAGCGUUCGUUGUAAAACGAUAAACAGAUUUCAUUAUUCGCGCGCGAAAUGUUAUGGGAUAACUACGCACGUUAACGCUGUAUAUAAAACUGUAAAAUACGCUCUUCGGAAUCGUAAUAAUAAGCGGAUCUCAAUAGAUUCCCGAAAGAGCAAGCGAGAGAGAGAGAGAGAGAGGGAGGGAAGGGGGGGAAUUUCUGGCGGCGCCUGUCAUCUACUGGCGGCAAGGUCAUCUACGUUUUCCGAUAUAGCAGCUGCGCAACCAGACAAUAAAUCUUUAGAAAGAUCCUCAUAUUUAGAGAAAAGACGGCGCUUAGUGCAGUAUAGGCAACUGCCGCUCGUUCAUUCGUUCCGCUGCGUCGCGGCGAAUUACGGCGACGCGCGAAUGUUUAUGCGGGGCUCGAAGAAUUCACGGUAAUAGAAGCUAGUCUGAGGCCCGAUUCAACCCUUUCGGGACGCCUCCGUUCGUCUCACCUAAAUUUGCCGAUGAAUCCUGUGAGACGCGGAUGCGCGCGAAUCUCCGUCGUGCCGGGAGUGCGCUUCGAAAUUUGUACAAGAGAUUUUUCGAAAUCACACUUACACACGCGUCACGGCAAUAAUUAUUCUUUCAAUUUCCUCAAGUUUCUCUCUUUGAAACAAUAGAGCCGAGUCGGGAACGCAAUAGAGAGCAUUGCAGCUCGAUAUCGUGCAGAAACCUGAGUGUUCCGCCCGGAGACUCGGUCGCCUCUCGAAAGGGUUAAGAGCGCGAGGCACGCGAACCCGAGAGCGAAUUCGCGUCGCCUGUAGCGUUGAUUUCCAAAUUACGCGAUCCGUGAGGCGCAUACUUACAUCGACAGUCGAAAGGGAUCGGUCGCCUGCAAUCUGUUGCGCCGGCCGCGCGUUUACGAAACUGCCGAUCUAGAACGCACAUCGAAGCGAAAAAGGACAACACAAAAGCGAAGACAAUAAUAGCGCUGCUUGCGGCUUAUUUGUGUGACAAGGGACGGAGGUGACGUUACAUUAAACGUAGCAUAACGACUAAGCAAACCGCUGCUAUCGAAGAUACAAACGGUAUCGUCUUCCUGCGAGAGAAAGUACGACCAGUCGGAUAAGGAACGCGAGAUCCGCCGUUAAAUCGGCGCUCGUAAAGAAGACAACGAACAAUCGUUAGCAUUUUAUCUUCGAGGUGUGUAAACUGAUUAAUGCGUUGUGUCGUUAACGGAAGAUCUCUCGAAUGCGCUGCGAUCGGACGCGCGCGACAGGAAGACUUACUUGAAAAUCCUAAAAACCUCUGCCUACAGCUAAACGGGAGGAUAGUUGGCGUGUGUUCACACUGUCUUUUCGCGCGGUCUCUCGUCUUCGACCGCGUCGAAUUGUGUAAAUAGAAAAUAAUAAUGAUAACGACGUUACGACGUAAGAGUAAGUAAUUACGUUAUAGUAAUCAGACACGUGUUAUGCGGCGCGAGCACAUUUUUACGGCCUUACGCGGCGAUGUAUCUCGCAACUAUGUUCGCGAGAUAACCAAGAUAUGUACCUUUCUACGCUAUAAGGCGACUUCAAGUAAAGUUCAAACGAACAAGUUCUGCAGGA